AGCGGGGUCGAGUCCCGGUGCGCCCCCAGGACAGUCUGAUGACCGGAGCCGCGGUCACUUUAACGCCCGCAGCGCCGCGCGUGGAGCCGCAGCGGCAGCAGCAGCAGCGGGGCACCGCCGGAGCGUUUUUGUCUGCGAGGGGACCUUUCGUCUGGAGCUCCAGAAGGAGCGCGGACUGAGUCCCGGUCCGGUUCCGCCGACGCGACUCGAGCCAACACCGCUGCACAGCAUCCAUUCAGUGAGCCAGCAGAGAUCAUCCAAACGCCACGUCGCCAAGCUGCUCCCCCCCCCCCCCCCCACUCUCCCCCCGGCACGCUUCCCCUUUCACCCCUUUUGACCUACAAGCACCAUGACGUCCGAACUUGAGAGCAGUCUGACCUCAAUGGACUGGCUCCCCCAGCUCAGCAUGAGGGCGGCCAUCCAGAAGGCGGACACGGGACACCACCACGGACACCUCCACGGACAGUACCACGGUCACAUUCACGGACACGGCCUGGGCAAGAAAAUCUCCCAUCUGGACCGAGGAACAACACUGGACCAGGAGGAGGCUGCACAGCACAGGGACGGCAAACCACCGUACAGCUACGCCAGCCUGAUCACCUUCGCCAUCAAUGGUUCGCCGCGCAAAAGGAUGACUCUCAGCGAGAUUUACCAGUGGAUCUGCGAUAACUUCCCGUAUUAUCGAGAGGCGGGCAGCGGCUGGAAGAAUUCGAUACGACACAACCUGUCCUUGAACAAGUGUUUUCUCAAAGUGCCUCGCUCCAAAGACGACCCUGGAAAAGGUUCCUAUUGGGCCAUAGACACCAACCCUAAAGAGGACACGGUACCCAGCAGGCCAAAGAAGAGACCGCGAUCCGGAGAAAGGGCAUCGACGCCAUACAGCCUGGAGUCAGAGUCCCUGAGGAUGGACUGCAUCAUGUCGGGAGGAGCGUCUCCCACCCUGGCAAUCAACGCUGUAACCAACAAGGUGUCCUUGUACAACCCAGAGGCAGAAGGCAGCGAGAGUCCGGGGAGUCUGGGCAGCAGCCUGAGCAACAGUCUCUCGGAGCAGAGUUUGGCCUCCGUCAACCUCAACACGGCCGGCGGCGGUGGCGUUCACAGCUACACACCAGUGAGCAGCCACUCGGAGCUGUCGCCUCAGUCCUUGAACCUCCAGCAGCAGCCCGCCCAGCCUCCACCGCCUCCCCCUCCUCCCCCGCAGCCCCAGUACGGAUUGUCGGUUUCAGAAUCUCGAGACAAGCAGCUCUGUUUCUCUGACUUUGAGGACCUCAGUGCUUCUUUCCGCAGCCUCUAUAAGUGCGUCUUUGAGCAGUCCUUCUCUCAGCAAGGUUUGUUGGCCAUGCCCGGUGAUUCCAGCCAGCAUGCCCGGACCGCCUGUUCCUACCAACACUCUCCUGGGACGGGAGGCGGCGGCGGGCACCACCAUCAGCACAACCACAGCCGGGCAUUGCACCACGCCCACCACCCUCAGCAGCACCUCCCACCUCACUCCGCCCACGGCCAGCAUCAGCCGCACAGUCAGCACCCACAGCACACCGCCCACUCUCAGCCUCACCCGGCCCUCGCCCACCAGAGUCACAGCGGGCCGUCCUGCCUAACAACAGACUGGUACCCCAACAUUGACUGGCUGAAGGAGAGCUGCCGCAUCGCUACCAGCUACAACUGGGCCGACGUAGACCUCUCCCCAUUUCAAGGUCUAAAGGAGAGCAUGCGGCAGGCUGAGCUCAGCAACUGGUCUCUGGAUGCCGCCCAGAUGGCCGACAUGUGUUCCUCCAUCAACCAGUUCUUCACAGCCACAGGGGUCAUCCCCCCUCAAGGCGCCGCCCACCAACAACCUCAGGUCCAACACCCGAUACCGCCAGGGGCGCCCCAACAUCCGGCUCAGCCGCACGGGGCGAUGCACCCAAAAGCCAGCCAGCACAAUCACCACAGACAACACAGCCAACAUGUCAGCACGGGGAACAUGUACAUCGAUUCCAGUCAGAACAUUUCCACCAUGAUGGGUCCACCAGCAUACCCUCACAUGCCUCCCACCAUGACAGGCCACCACAGCCAGCUGAGCCGGCAGCAGCAGCAACACCCGCUUCCAGCGGGACACUUCCAGGUGAGACGCAUGCUCGCUACAGACGACAUCCAGGAUGACUUCGACUGGGACUCUAUCGUCUAACCAGAGCACGUCGGCUCGUCUGAACAGAGAGCUAAAGACUGGCAGUGACACGUGAUGCCAGGUGAGGUAUCAAACCGGACAACCCAAUUCACCUGAAACACAGAAGACAAUCCAAGACAAAGUCGUUUCUCUGGUCUUGUUGGCAUUUUUAUCACGUGGACGAUGAAUCUAAAGACAAUCAUUAAAAAAAAAGAGAGAUGGACAGAGUUGGACCAAGCUGAGAUGUAGACGUCGCACGUACAGCUGAAGGACAUAUGAAGCUCUGAAUUUCCUUCUGUUCCAUCCCCCAGUGCCAACAGGGUUACAAGACACCAAAGUAUUGUCCAAAUGUCCAAAAACAACUUUGUUUUAGAGAAGAAAAAAACAGCCUGUUGUGUUGUCUGCUACAGCUUCUGUCUCAUAUGUGCAAAGUUUCACCACCCAUGAAAAAAGUUGCACCUGUUCUUUGCAUACAGAUCCAAGGAUUUGAUCCUUUGUAACCGGGCGUCAGUGUGGCUGCCAGCGAUUUCCACAACAGUCAGCAGGAGCGUUUUCUGAGGCGGUCCUGCUCCAUAUUGCUAAAAAGGUUUGAUGCACCACUUUCAGGUUUUUUGCGCUCAAAUUGCUGCACAGGAUUGGAACAUAAUCAAUUUGUUUUGUUCGUCUGUGGACAUGACAGGAGGUCAGAACGUUUGAUUUCUGGUAUGGGAACAAGUUAUUGUCACCUCACCACAAAUCUUGAAUUUGUAAUUCUGAAUUCUGUAGUAUCUGGUUCUUUGGCUCAGUGGUACAGAAAAAUGUACUUGGGUUUAACCUUCAGAAAUGACCUGACCCAUAGUUCAGGCUGUAGGCUGUUCAGGAUCUGUAGUGUUCAAACAAAAAACACAAAA